ACGUGGAGGGGGCGGGGCGAGGCCGAUUUCCAUCCCACCAAUAAGGGGGACGCGAAGGAGGAGCCCAGGACGCGGGCCCCGCCCCUUGCUCCGACUGUUGCAACCCAGACCGCAACUGAGAAGCCGGGCGGGCGAGGCCCGCGUCUAGCCAGCCACCAUGCCGCUGGGAGCCAGCAGCGUGCGCUCGGAGGACAGUGAGGGUUACAUGGACAGCUCGGAGAUGGAGCUGAGCCGCCUGCAGAGACAGUGCCGGGUCAUGGAGGCAGAGCGGCAGGCCUACACCAAGGAGACGCAGCAGCUGAUCCACAAGCAGAUGGUGGAGAUCAACCGGCUGCAGCAGGAGCAGGCUGAGAUCCAAACGAAGAUGAAAAUCAUUCAGAGCCAGGCCCAGAAGGCCCUGGAGACGGAGCUCGAGAAGGACGUCAAGAGCCUCCUGGCCCGCCGGCAGCAUCUCUACAAGGAGGUGAUCAAAGAGCAGCAGUACCUGAAGAAGCUGGACCAACAGAUCGCCAAGUGGGAAGCUCGAGUCCUGGAUCAGCAGAAGGAGCUCAGAGGCACGAGCCUGGUCAUGGAGAAGAAGGCCCAGGGCUUGCACAGGGUGAAGAUCUUGGAGAACCAGCUGGACCGAGCCAACACGCGCUUUGACACCCAGCUGGUGAAGAACAGGAUCCUCCGGGAAGAGAUGACUCUGCUGCACACUCAGAGGAAGCGCUUCCUGCACCUUGACCAGCAGCUGAGGAAGGAGCUGAGUGACAUCCGGGCCAACAUUCGAUCCCACAUUGACAAUUCCAACAUGGCCUUUGAUGCCAGGGAGGAGGCCCAGCUGAAGCUGAGCCAGCUGCAGGAGAAGCUGGACAAGGAGGUGAGCCAGUACAACGCGGAGCUGCAGGUGGUGCACAGGCAGAUGUGCCACUAUGAGCAGCUGCACCAGUUCCUGAUGGCCAAGAACCAGGAGAGAUUUGUGGACCCGGAGGUGCAGGAGGCUCGGCGCAGGCGCGAGAGAGAAACAGCCGAGGGCCUCCGCAAGACCUCCUAUGAGAAGGCCAUUCUGAAAUACCAGGAGGUGCUGGAGAGGCUGACUGAGCUCACCGGCUUCAGUAACCCAGAGGACAUAUUCCAGAAGUACAUGGAAAACGAGGAAAAAAACUUUGCGGAGUUCAAUUUCAUCAACGAGCAGAAUUCCGAGAUGGAGACCCUGAAGGAGGAGAUCCAGGAGACCCAGGAGGCCCUGGAGAAGCUGGCCUUGGUCCAAAAAGAGGCGGAGACUGGCUUGAAGCAUCAGGAGCUGGAGGCCAUGGAGGAGAAGAAGGCCUCCCUGGCCAACGAGGCCGUCGAUGUGGACACCAAGUACCAGUCUCUGAACAACAUCCUGACCCAGCUGAAGGCCGCCAUCCAGUCUCUGUUCACCAAGGCCAAGUGUGACGACACCAAGCUCAAGGAGCUGCUGGGGACCAGCCACAUGGGGGACAAGAUCGUGCAGCUCCUGCUCAGCCUCAUCGAGCAGCGCGUGAUGGACCUGAUGGCCGCCCAGGCCUUCCACAACUUCUCGGAAUCCAGCACCUACAACGCCCAGGCCACGGCCCUCCGGCUCCUGGGCCAGACCGAGGAAGUGCACCCCAAGAAGCAGGUUCUGCCGCAGCCCCCCACCAACAUGGAAGAUCCCCUGGGUCUGGAGCAGAUAGACGACCGGCCCCUGACUCUGGAGGAGAUCCGAGCCCAGGUCAUGAAGGCGCUGAAGAACAAGGAACAGAGCAAGAGGGGAUCAGAAAAAAUAGGGUAAAGCGAGGCUCGACCUCCAGACGAAGGCUCGGGCCUCUCUGGCCUCCCAGCUCUAUCCUCCCCCUCCCCUGGGGCUUCCCAGCUUUCUGUCUCAGUUUCUGCAGCCCCCCUUGCCCUGGGUCUCCGCCUCCUCCCCUCCCUGCCCGGGGGGCCUAGAAGGGGUGGAGAUAGGGCUGAGGUGGGUCCGGUGAUGCUGUGACCUCAGAAUAAAAGUGUCCGGAUGGCCA